AUGUGGAAUUGCAAUUUGGAGAGGUCAGCUGAGGCAGCUGUGGUGAACUGCCCUCAAAAUCAACCGACGACGGGGAGUCAAAACGCCAUGAAUUACCUUAGUUUCGGUCCAGGCAUGCCACCAUCCGUUCCUAGCAACCCUAUUGAAUCGGCAGUGUUGAAAUGGGUGGAGAUUAAUAGUGUGGUGUGGCCAACUGACAACAGAUUCAAUGGAAACUCGGAAUUACGAGAUUUUGCUAAUGAAUAUGACUGCGGUGCCGAGCAACUUGCUUUGGACCAUGUGAAAUCGUGCGAUAGACAACUAUCACCACCUACUUCUCGCCCUGGUUACAAAGAAAACAUUCACAUCCUUGAAACGACUGCGACUGACGUUUUGGGAGCGCUGCAAAAUGCAGUUGCAAUGUGGAAUAAAGAACUGGAAGCGAACGGUAUUCCCUCAAAUCUGUUACUAACACCUCAAAUUUUCCAACGUCAGCAGAAAACGGUCACUAACGUUGCAAAGAUUCUCUGGGGAACGAACAAAUAUGUCGGAUGUGCAACUCAAUUGUGUAGUGGAUUCUACUUCACUUCCUGCAUGUACCGAAAACCGUAA